UACUUUUUUUGCCUAACCAACGGCGGUCACAUUCGCAACCAGAAAGCUCGCGGAAAAAUUCGGAAGCGGAAAAAUACUAUUCGCAACGAUUACAACAGGCGGAAGAAUAUUACGUCCGCGACCUUGCCCACCUAUUCUGCACUAUUACAUAACUGAGAGGGAAUCCACUGCGCUGCGAUGGCCAACAAAGUACUGCGCAAGGUGACGCACUGCAUCUUCGACAUGGAUGGAUUGCUGCUGGACACGGAGCGGAUAUACGAGGAGGUCACCCGGCAAAUAGCCGCCUCCUUCGGCCGCCCCUAUCCGGAGGCGGUGCGAUUCCGGGUCAUGGGCACCACGGAGCAGCGCUCGGCGGAGAUAGCCAUCACCGAGUGCCAGUUGCCCAUCUCGCGGACAGACUUCCUCAAGCGAUACACGAAGAUGUGCCACGAGCGGCUCCACAAUGUUCCCCUGCUGGAAGGUGCUGAGCGGCUGCUGCGUCACCUGCACGCCAGCAAGGUGCCAUUUUGUCUGGCCACCAGUUCCGGUGCCGACAUGGUCGAGCUGAAGACCAACCAGCAUCGGGAGCUGUUCGGCCUGUUCGACCACAAGGUGUGCGGCUCUACGGACAAGGAGGUGGCCAACGGGAAGCCUGCUCCGGAUAUUUUCCUGGUGGCCGCCUCCAGGUUUGGAGUGCCACCGGCAGCCGCCGACUGUCUGGUCUUCGAGGACUCUCCAAAUGGCGUGACGGCAGCGAAUAGUGCCGGAAUGCAGGUGGUCAUGGUGCCGGAUCCACGGCUGUCCGAGGAGAAAACCUCCCAUGCCACACAGGUCCUGGGGUCCCUGGCGGACUUCAAGCCAGAGCAGUUCGGACUGCCCCCAUUCAGGGAAUAAAAUUGAGCUUAAUUUUUUGUAGCCUGGCGACGCUAUAAUUGGAAUUUGAUGUACCUACCAAGCAAACGUUGUUAAGAUUAAUGUGUUACUUAAUAUACACGUAUUUGUGCAUAUA